UUUACCCAACAAGGACAACCUUAGAUUCUUGAUAGUAGGGAAUGCAGUGAUGAUAAUCAAAUACUAUUGAACCUAUAAUCAUAUUUCUUGGAUUAUUUAUUAUCCCCAAGAACAAAGGACAACACCAAGAACAAGGAGAAGGGAUUGCAGUAUUACUUUCACAUUCUUCUGAAAUUUGAAGACAUUCAAAUUUCAAACUCUUUCUCAUGGCAUUGAAUAGCAUUUUGUGCAAAACCCACAUUUUUCUUUCUCUUUUCUUUUGUGUAAGUUUCUUAUACCAAUAAUAUAAGUAAACACAAGAAUCUUUUGGAAUCCAUGGAAAAUAAGGACAGCAACAACAAGUUAGCUCCGGUCAGUCAAGAUGCUGAAACUAAUGAAUGUUUGCGCAAAGAAGAUCAGAAUCACAAUGUUAAGAGAAAGAAUCAACAAGCUACUAGUCGCCUGAAUGAAGAUGUAUCUUCUGCAAGUCAGCAUUGCACAAAAUCGAUCUUUCAAUGGCCAUACCCACCUCCGCCCAUCAUCUCACAGUUUUCGAAACCCUCUGUUUCUGCCGCCCAACAAACAUCAUCUGUCUCCCUGAACCAAUGGCACCAACACCAGAAUUCUAUCGCCGAUCAGCAGAAACCUUUUCCACAGUUGCAAAUGCACCAACCAACCACUCCUUUUUGGCUUCCGCCAGGACCAGGUUUUCCUGUAAUUCGAGCACCUGCUCCUUCAGGUUAUCAAUGCGUUGUUCCAGUUGGAACCACAGAAGCCUCAUUGAGACAUGACCCACUGGCUUCAAGUCUGAGUUACCAAGCUGGAUUCCCACCUCCAAUGGGAUUUUCAGGUCCUUGGGACCCCACAUCUUGGUGGGGCCAAGCACAACAAUCGCACCCACCUUAUACAUUUCCGGGACCAUAUGGCUACUUUCAAUUAGCACCGCCUGUAUUUCCCGAAACCCCAGUCACCUUUGGAGGAUCAAAUCAAAGAGGAAUUAUCCAACCAUUGGAAAAACUCUCUAAAAAACACCAGCUGAUGUGGGAUGCUCAGUCAUUAGAAAAUGUUCAAAUGUGGGCAGCUAUUACGAAGGUGCAAACAGAAAUGACUACUUACGGAAGCCGGCUAGCAAAACUCGAAGCAGAGGUUUCAUCUAUCAAGUCGACUCUUGAGGAAUAUUCUGGUGCUGGAACUGGUACUAAUACAGCUGGGCAAUCGACGAAAAGAGGGAGACCGAAGAAAGUUGCUUCAGCUGAAGUUUUUCUGGAGGAGUCUCAACCACGAGCUCGUGCGAGAAAGAUUAUCUCAUGUAAACCCCAAUCUGAGAAUAUAUUUCUGCAUGGAAAAAAAGAAAGGUUACUCAGCGAUAAGGAGAAAACAUUUCAAGCUGCAGCUGUUGAUGGGGCCAAUAUCCAGCAAGAGACUGAUGGGAAAAUCUCAGGCAUCUCUACCAAUACUAUUGAGCUUAACGAGAGUAAUGUCAAGGUGCCUCUGGAUGUCAAAACCACACCAACAGUUCAUGACAAAGUUAAUCAAGAGAUUCAAGCUGGUGGGUUCAGCCUCAAUUUCACAAAAGAAAUAAACGGAAGUGAUUGCAGGACGAAAAACAGGAAGAUUGAAUUAUCAUUUCAGGCAGAGCAAGUUACAGGGACAAAUAACAUGAUUAGUACAACCAAUUUCAAAGAACAAAAGGGUAAUGGAAGCCAUGGGUGGGUAUCUAACGUUUUACCUGAUGAUUGUGGAAGAAACCUAUUGGAAAUAAGAUCUCACACUUUCUAUAAUACUGGUAGUGUUAGUGUUAUCAGACAAGGAGGGGAAGUUGUCCCUGGAUGGAGUUUCGUGAAUGAGGUGAAUCCUACAGAGGAGGAUGUUGGCAUGCUGUUAAGAUCAGGCAACGAUGAGGAAGAAGAUACCAGCACAGGAGAUGAUGAAAUGGCUCACAGAGGAUGCAUGUGAAGUGGCUGUUGCUUCAAGGGAUACAAAGAGAACCUUUGUAGUUAAGCAAUCAGAUUGACUUCUGGCACAAUUUAAACACUAGCUGAUUACAGAUUUUCUAAUUAAUACGAGAUGUCUGCUAACUUGAGUGAAUUAUUUUAUGUUUGUGAAAGAAGAAUGCCUAAAUUUUGUAGGAGCCAGACAAGUAGUAGAAAGCAUUCCAGAAAAAUACAAUCAUAGUUAGUAACAAAUUGUAGCUUUC